AUGCUCCCCCCGCCCCCCAACCUCGACCGACUGUUGGCCCUCCUGAAAGAGUACCUAGCUCCUAAGGAGCUAGGUCUUCCAGGAGGGGUCGCCGAAGAGAAGGAGCUUGUUUGGGCGGAGAAGGACUCCCCCGUCAAGGGGGAGUUUAUUACUCCUGGCCCUUGGCCUUCUCUGGCCGUCGCCACCACCACCACCUCCUCCUCCUCCACGCCGCCGCCUGCCUCCGAUGCGGCCCCUAUCGUCUCCCCCCCGGGCUCCUCGCCCACUGUCACCCGCCGCCGCCGCUGCCGGUUCCUUCGCCGGCUCUUCUCCUCCUCCUCCUCCUCCUCUUCUUAG